GAAUUUUUUCCCCUUCGUUGUUUCCUAUUCAGCGGUGGUCGCGCAUCGGGAUUUCAAAAUGAUAAGCCCUAGAGAUUCUAGGCUUCCGCCUUCCGCUGCCGUCCCUCGCUCGGUCCCAUGGGUUCCGAUGCCAAUAUCGAGCGGGUCCUGUGGACGGAGGAGGAGAUUUCCGGCCGCGUCGCCGAGCUCGCCUCGCAGAUCUCCGACGACUUCAGGGGGUCCCCGGUCCCUGUAGUCGUCGUCGGGGUCGCCACGGGGGCCUUCCUCUUCAUCGCCGACAUCGUGAGGAAGAUUACUUUGCCCGUCGCUGUCGACUUCAUCCGGGCCGAGUCGUAUGGGUCGGGGACGGAGUCCAGUGGCGUUCCCAGGAUCUCCAGCGACCUCAAGAUCGAUAUCGGCGGCAAACACGUGAUUUUGGUUGAGGACAUUGUAGACACAGGAAAUACCCUAUCCUCUCUUAUUUCACACCUGGAAACAAAAGGAGCAUCUUCUGUAUCUGUUUGCACUUUGCUGGAUAAACCUGCAAGAAGGCAAGUUCAUUUUAAGCUAGUGGGAGAGGGAAAAUUUUAUCGAGGUUUUGAGUGCCCAGAUUAUUUUGUCGUUGGCUAUGGCAUGGAUUAUGAUGAACUUUACAGAAACCUGCCUUAUGUUGGUGUCCUUAGACCAGAAGUGUACAAAUGAAGCUUUGAUGUAUCCAGGGAACAUGACUAAUGUGUUUAAUUUUUGAGGAAACACUAGGUUGGAUCUGUAACUUAUGCAUCACUAUAGCACGGAAUGUAUACGACUGCGAAUAACUGCAAUAAACCAUUUAUUUCGUGAAGUUCCAGAA